UCCACAAGCCCCGCCCCCAACCGACGCCUUAGCAACGCGCCUGGUGACAACGGCGCGUUCGGUUCCCUUUCCCUGGGCUAGUGAGGCCUGGGCACAGCAGCGGCCUCAUGACCCUGGAGCCCCUCGAGCUGUUGUUGCUCCCCUGGUUCCUCCUGUUUGGAGGCACCGGCGCCCAGAUUCAACCCUCAUUCCCCUGGGGAGCUUCCACCUCGGCAGGACUUGAGCCCCGGGGUGGGACCCCCAGCACCUCCCCUCCCCCCGAACCUGAGACCCCGACCACGCCGCUGGGGGUCAGCCUGGAGGAGGAGCCCCGGCUGCCGCCGCUCGUAACUAUGACCCCGGAUCCCUUCCGUGGUGAGGAGCAGGCGGAGCUGGAGCCGGAAGUUGUCUGGCUAGAAGUUGAAGAGUUUGGGGUAACAGCGCGCCGCUAUUGGUUUAAGUCCCAAAUUGCUCUGAUCUGUACGUGUGACUUGCUACAGGAUUCCUGCGAUGUGAACUGCUGUUGCGACAAGGACUGCUACCUGCCCAAACCCGAGAUGAUUUUCUCCUACUGCCUCCCAGGAAGUUACAGGUUAAUGGACUGGGUGUGUCUAGAAAGUUCCAUUUUCUUCCUUAGUAAUUCCCCAUUUCCUUCAAAAAAUUUGGUGUCAGUAAAUGGUAUCCAGCAAUUUUGUAUCCAAGUGAACAACCCAAUAUUGAACUAUUUCCAGCAUCUUCAAAAAGUUAAUGAGACCAACGUACAAACCUUGGUGGCACAGUAUGGAGCCACAGCAUUCUUCUCAGUACCUCAAUCCAUGUCAUCUUUUUCUUCAUUUUAUAUGGCUGGAGAUCCCAUUCUGAUCUAUUUUCCCCAGUGGUCACUACUGAGUCUAUUCAAACAGCCAGCAGGAGUAGGACCUACUGGACUUUGCACUGAGAAGAAUCCUGCAAGAUUCCUGGAAAGUAGAAGUACCAUCUGCAUUCGGUUUUUCCGCAACAUAAGAAGUAGUUGUACCACAGAUCCUUCACUCAGGGCCAGCUCUUAUCAUAACUUCAUGGUCUUGAAGGUUCCAAAAGGUGUGACAGAUCUGCAAAACAUGCAGGUGCCCAUAACAGUUAUUUCAGAGCCUGUUUCACCUCUUCUAGUUGGAGACACCUGUCAUAAUGCUGUUUCUAAGGUUAUAUAUGACAUAGAGACUAAUGGAACUUCUGGAAUCCAGAAAAUCUCUGCCUCUUUCAACUUUACAAACCUGUCUGGGGUUCCAGAAGCUUUUUUAGAACAGCACAUCACUAUACGUUUCUACAUCAAGGAUUUUCAGAAAAAAAAGUCUUUUUCUGUGGAAAGAAGUGGAAAUCCUGGCUAUAUUUUUGGAAAGCCUCUCUUGGUUUUGCAAGGUAAUUCCAGUGGUACGAUGACUAUCUCACAGAGCCACAGUGAUGGGAGUUGCUCUGUGAAUAGAGAGAAAGUACAAUUUGGGAUGAACAUGAUGACUGGUUGCAUGUUCAGGAUAGAGAACAAAGACUGUGACAAUUUGCAGGAAGAGCUCUAUAAGACACUGAGUGGAACACCCAGACCUCUAUAUCUAGGCAUCGUGGGUAAUUCAGAUCCAUUCAGGAAAGGAGAUUGGGUCAAGAUCUUCUCCAAGAAUUGCAAUGUAACGAAAAAUGAACAGGCUAAAGACUGUACCUCCUGCUGUCUCAUACCAUUUUCCUUGGAGAUCCAGAUAGUGUGGGCUCGUGUAGGCUCCUGGACCAACUCACAAGCUCACGUGAUAGGGGGCCGGUACCAGUAUCAGUGCAGCUUUAUAAAGUUACCCUCAUCUAUGCCAGAAAUAUCUUUGACAACUUUUGUGUCCUUCUCUGAUGUCACAAUGAAGCCAAGUUUUGUAAAGGAACAACCAAAAAUAAAUUGGAGGUUGCCAUUGACCUACGUUAUUCCACCUGCAAGGGAAUGGAAUGGAGAAAUGGAAUCUUUAAGAAGCUUGAGUAUUCCUCUUGUCCUUCUGUGUAUGUCAUUACAUGGCCUUCUUAGCUUAGAGAUGAACUGAAGAAAGGAGAAGAAUCACAUUGAACUUUUCCCUAAUGAGAGUUGUAGGGUGGCCUUCCAGCUUGUGCUGUAGGAUUGAUUCUUAUUCAUUAUGAGCAGGAAAAAAUGUUUACAUCAAUUAUGGGAUAAUAGGGAAGGAGUCUGUGUAUGGUGGAGUUUCUGAAAAGAUAAAAAUAUUCUGAUCUUAAUUCUUAAUGGUAAAACACUAGCUGAGAGGCAGCAAAGCAUAGUACAUGACUAGAUUUGGAACCUGAAAGGAAUAAAACUUCUAACAUAUACUGGCUCUGUGAUCCUGGGCAGCUCUUGUGUCCUUUCUCUACCCUGGACAGCACUCUACUACAGUUGCCCAUCUUCAUUGAUAGUAGAAUUUUCCUAGACCGAUGAAAACCCAAGUCUGUACCAGAAAAACAGAACUUAAGCAUGGUCUUAAGCAGAGAGGAGAUAAGUGUCCUUCUGAGUAACCAAAUCCAGAUUCAAAUCUUCUGUUACAGAAAUAAGAACAAGUUAAAAUGUUAACCCAAAGUAAACUUGACAGUAACUGUCAUGGAAUGCAAAAGGACUUAGUGCUUAUAAUAGAAAAGUAUUGAUAUCCUAUCUUGGCUCUAUUCAGGGCUAUCCUUUUUUUGCCUAUCCAAAAAUGGGAAAAGCAAUUUUCUUUCCCUUUUCUCUGGUGCAAACUCUCAGCUCACUUUUUCUGCAAUUAAGGGCAAUAUAUGUUUGUCCACCUUUAUCUUUCCCCUUGCCAGGGUCAGGGAAAUAAAAGUGAUCAAGUACUAGUGUUACACUAAUUCAUAGGAAAAGUGUACUGAAUUUAGGUUUGAAUCCUGACUCUACUUACUAAUUAUCUUUGUGACCUUGGGCAAGUCACUUAGCCUAAGAUAUAGUUUCCAUAUCUUUAAAAUGAAAAAGACUAGAAUAGGUGACUCUUCAUGUCCUAGCUCCAGAAUCUAUGUCCAUAUGAUAUCAAAGAUCUCUGUUUGGUUCUGAACCAUUUAGCAUUUUUUAUCAAUUAUUUGGAUAAAGGCAUAGAUCCGGUUACCAAAUUUACAGAAUGCUUAAAUCUUAGAGAAAAACCAACAUACUGCAUGAUUGAGUCAAAAUCCAAAAAAGAUCUGAACAGCUUCAAACAUUGGAUCACAUCUAAUAAAAUGAAGUAUUAUAGGGAUAAAUGUAAAAUUUUACAGGUGAAAAACAAAGUAGAUUUAUAAGAGGUGGGAGCCAUGCCUAGAGAGUAAUGUGUCUAUAAUAAAGAAAUAACAAUAAGAAAUAUUUCACUCAAAAUAACUACAAAAUGCAUAAAAUAUUUAGGAGUUAACUAGCCAAGACAAAAAAUAUUUACAGAAAUAUUCAUAGAAAUAAAGCUCAAUGUGUCAACAAUAUAUAUGUAUGUAUAUACAUAUAUAUGUAUAAAUAUAAUAUGGCAGCCCAAAAAAGCUAAAUCCACCCUAUGCUUCCUUAAGCGAGGCAUGGUUUCCAAAAAUAAGGAAGUAAGAGUUUUUCUUUACUAUGUCCUGUUCAGAUCUCAUGCCAAAUAUUAUGUUCAAUUUUAGAGAUCACAUUUGUUGAUAAACUGGAAAGAAUCUACAUAGAUUCUUAACCUUUUUUUGAGUCAUGUCUGUGCACCUCUCCUGAGAAUGUUUUUAAAUAAAUAAAAUACAUAGAAUUAUCAAGGAAACCUAUUAUUUUGAAAUAAAAUUUUUAAUAUUUAAAAAAGAAAAAAGAAGUCUACAGAGCCCAGGUAAAGAAUCUCUGAUCUUGAGGAAGGCAACUAAAAUGAUCUAGGGCCUUGAGUUCAUGCCAUAAAAGGAUAAGUUCAGGGAACUAAAGGCGUUUAGCUUGGGAAAGGGGAGAUGGGGAAGGGUGGUGUAGGUCCUAAUACUAUUCCAAGGUUAGCAGGCAAAAGAGGGAUUAAAACUGUUUGUUUGGCCCUGCAAGGAGCCAAUGGAUAGAAACUGCUCUUAACUCUGGGAAGGUAAAUUUAAGUAAUUGAAAUAGACUUAUGAUGAUGUGGUGCUAACAUUCUCUAAUAAUUUAAAAAAAAGUGUCCAUUCAAAACUUUUAUAACUUUAAAGAGUAUGGCAGAGAUUAAGUAAGAAAGACAUUUUUAAAAAUUUGAGGUAAAGAGAAGAGAUUUAGCAUUAGUGAUGCAAAAAAACAGGUGGGUGGAGUGGGGUGAGGGAGCAUUGAAGCAUUCUUUAAAAUGCCCAGAACAGAAAAGCAAGACAGUUUUGAAAGUGAAUGUGUAGAAUUCAAUUAUACUUUUAAAAAAUUAAAAAGCAAGCAGUAUGAAAUAGAGAUGCAUAGUUUCAUAUACAACCUUUUUUGUGUUCUGUGUAUAAGGAAUUGCUCUUUUUUGGAACUUAAAUUUAAAAUAAAUCCAAUGAUUUUUUAAAAAA